CGAGAAUAUAACAUUUAGUAAAGUAUAACAUUGUUGGAACAUUUAAAUUAUUUUCUCACAAUAAAAUAUAAAAUAGCUGCUUCACAUAUUUUAAUGCUUAUUUCUACAUUGACAUUUGUUCAGUGAAGUUCAAAUUAUUGUUAAAUAAAUUUGUGAAAACUAAAACUGGUUUGACGUUUCAUCAAAAAAAGUUUAUAUCAUGUCGUCUGAAGAUAUUAAUUCUAUUGAAAAUGAUAGUAAAUCUAUUUCUAAGCCCAAAACUGUGUUAAGAUUUUCAACAGAAGAAAAAAUCGAGAUUGAAGAUGAAUAUUUAAAUAGCUUGUUUGAGCAUCCAGAAGUUGCUCAACGUAAAAUCGUCGUAUUUUCAAUUAUUGGAGCUUAUAGACAAGGAAAGAGUUUCUUUAUGAAUUAUUGUCUCCGAUAUUUGUACGCUAAUUAUCAAUCAAUUAAGAAUCUUGACAACAAUUUUUCAAAUAGCGAAAAGUGGAUGGGUGACAAAAACGAACCUUUAAUAGGAUUUUCUUGGCGUGACGGUUUAUAUCGUGAAACAACAGGAAUUGUUAUCUGGGAUGAUAUCUUUCUUCAUACUUAUUUGGAUGGUGAAAAGAUUGCAAUCAUUGUCAUGGACACUCAUGGACUAUUUGACAAUGAAACAACCCCAUUGAAUAAUUCAAGAAUUUUUGCACUUGGCACAUUGCUUUCAUCAAUUCAGGUCUUUAACAUUGCAAAUGUAAUUCAAGAGGAUCAGUUGCAAUAUCUUCAAUAUGCCAUUGAAUUUGCUAAUUUUUCUUUUUCACAAAAUGAGUGCAGUAGAGAAAAGAACUUUCAAAGAUUGAUUUUUCUAUUAAGAAAUUGGACAAACGAUGAUGACUAUGCGUUCGGAAUUGAUGGUGGUGCCAAAUACUUGAAAUACUUUCUCGAGUCUAAUCCCGAUGGAGAAGAUAAACUAAGAUCAUCUUGUCAAGAUAUCAGUGAUGCGUUCGAGAUCCUUUCUUGUUGUCUGUUACCUCCUCCAGGUGAUAGAAUUCGAAUUCAGAGAAAAUACGAAACAGUUUACAAUGGAAACUGGGGUGAAAUGAAUUCAGCUUUCAGUAUUGAGCUGUUUAAGAUUAUCGAUGAACUUUUAAAACCUGAUAACUUAAAAAUUAAGAAAGUUGAAGGUCGUGAGCUUUCAGGAUUGGAAUACUUACAAUAUGCUAGAAAGUGCUUCAAACAAUUCAAUUCAGAUAGGCUUCCAGAAACACCAUCGAUUUAUCAAGCAUCUAUAGAAACUCACAUGAGAAAACUUGUUGAUUUAUGCUUCGGAGAAUACAAGCAAAAUUUUGAAUCAAUUGUUCAGAUUGACAGGGAAAAGGUUGCUGACCAGCAUUCGGACCUCAUUUUAAAAGCUCUGCAGAUAUAUAAAAACUCAAAGAAGAUGGGCGAUGAUAAGAUCGAUGCUUUAUUUCGUAAUAAAUUAGAGCAGAAAAUAAUAGAUUCUUAUAAAUCAUGGUGCGUAAGGAUUGAAGACAAUAAAAAGAAGAUUGAAAUAGUUGUUGAUAAUAUGCAAAAAAAGCUCAAAAUGGAACAUCAAGUACAGUUAAAAAUUAAAAUGGAAGCAAAAAAAGAAGCUGAAGAAAGGAUUGAAAUAAAACAACAAAAAAGAAGAGAAUACGAAAUUGAAAGAAUAAAAAGAUACAGACAAAUUCCAUCGCUUCUAAUAGACAGAAAACUUGAAGAGAUCAUCCGGAUUCCUUUGGACAGUAAUAGUGAUGUUACUGAAGGGCAAUUAAAACUACUGCUUGAAAAUCCAAAUGUUUCAUCAUGUAAAAUUGUUCCUAUUUCAAUUGUUGGUGCGCUUAAAAGCAAUGGAAGUUAUAUACUAAACUAUUGUUUGAGGUAUUUAUAUGCUCAUCAUCCUUCAUUAAGUUAUCCUGAUUAUCCAGUGCUUGAUUCAGAAAACUGGUUUGCAAAAAAAGGCGAUUCUCUUGAAGACAUUACUUGUAAGCCAAAACUGAAGUUAGAUAGCACCGGCAUUGUUUUCUGGAAUGAUGUAUUUUUUCAUACCACGAGUUAUGAAAAAAUUGCAAUUGUGUUACUAGAUACUCAUGCAAUCUAUGACAAUGACAAACCCUCAUUGGAUGUUUUGAGAAUUCUUGAAUUCGGCACUAUGCUGUCAUCUGUUCAAAUUUUUCCAUUGGAGCAUUUAAAUCAGGCAAUUGAUUUAGCAAUGUUAUGCAAUCAAGUUGAUCACAAAUCAAAACCAUUUCAAAAUAUUGGACUGCUUGUCAAUAAAUCAGCAACCAGCUUAAAGUUUUCUCCUAGCAUGGAUAUUCUAAAGCAACAUCUAAUUCAAAUCAUUCAGGACAACCAAAUUGAUUCAUAUGCUACAUCUAUACAUGAAUCCUUUCAAAACUUCAAAUGUUACGAGCUUUAUUUGCCAGGUUGUAGAGGAAAAACUUAUUCUGAAGAUUCUAAUGAAGAAGAAGACCAAUUUAAAAAUAUGCUAAUCUCUGUUAUUGAAGCAAUAAUGAGAUCAGAAAGUUUAAAGGCAAAAAUCAGCAAUGACAAAGAAUUAAAUGGAAUUGAAUAUUUAGAAUAUGUUAAACAGUGCUUUCAAAAGUUCAAGUCACAAACUUCAUCAGCAACUCCAUCAAACUUUAAUGCAGUUGUUAAAAAAUAUUUGUCAAAUUCUGCAAACUUAAGUUUUAAAUUUUAUAAAGAAAAAAUUGCGAUUCAAAUUGAUAACCAUGAUGAAUUGAAGGAACAAGCAUGUGAAAGGUACAUGCUUUCAUAUAAGAUAGGUUCUGAACUACAAAUAAAUAAAUAUAAAGAAAUGUUGAUCAAUGAAAUUGAGGAUUACUACAACAACAGUAUACAACUAGUGAAACCAUAUCUAAAAGAAAUCGAAAUGUUAAAAGGAGAUUUGAAGAAUAUUCAGUUGAGAUAUGAUAAUAUGGCGAAGGAAAUGGACGAAACAAUUCAUCAAAAUGAAGUACAUUAUAAAAGUCAGUUAAAAUCAAAAGAAUUAGAGAUCGAGAACUUAAAAAAUAAGAGUGAAAUUGAGAAUUUAUGUUUAAAAGACCAGAUUGAAAAUCAAAAGUCAAAUAAUUCAAAAUUGUUGCGGGAAAAUGAAGAAUUAAAGUCAAAAUUCAAAACUGAAAUAUUAGAGUUGAAAAAUGAGAAAACAAAAAUGGAGAGUAAUUUUGCUAAAAGACAUGACAAUUUGAUGGCAACAAUGAAUGACUUGAAUGUGGAAAUAAAUAGUAUACUAGGCAAAAGUAGAAAAGUGGAAUUUGAAAAACAACAAGAAAUUAACUCUCUGACAAUCAAAUUACAAAAUUAUGAUGAAGAAUUCACAAAAGUAUGCCAAACUGCUGAAGAUAAAAUUGGUUAUUUAACACAGGACCUUGAGAGUGCUAAUGCAAAAAUUAAAAGAUUAGAGGAAGAGAAAGUCUUAAAUCAGCAAGCUACCACAUCAAGAGAACGAAACGAGAAUCAGACUAUCAUAAAUGAACAUGUUGGAAAAUUCCAAGAAAUUAACAGAAAUUUUUAUGUCCGAAACUUUCUGGAAGCUUUAAAAACGAAAGCAAAUAAAAAUACUAAGGAUAUGUUGACUAUUUCAACGAUUUUUAUAAAAGCAAAUCAAUAUGACACUCACUACGAGCUUUAUAUCAGCUUUAAAAAUGAAAAGUUGUUAAAAACUUUUAUAAAAGAAGAAAAAUAUAGCAUGGAUAAAAAAAAGUAUUUUGAUUUCAACGGGAGUUUUGUGUCAUUUUUUUAUCCAAAUGAAAACAUGGUUAAAGUUCGGAAUACUAGUGCUUAUUACAAACCAAAUAGUUGUUUUCAAUUCAUCACAACCAAAGAAUUGUCAGUUUUAGAUUGUCUUAAAUUUAUUGAUGAUGAAGAUUCUAAGCAAGUCGAAUGCAUUUCUGUAACAACUUAUACAGUUUAUAUAUCAUUUUUCGAUGAAAACAUUGCACAGAAAUAUGUUCAAACAUUGAAAUCAAUAGGUUUUAAUACAAGUAAAACAAAUAUUUAUUUUAAGUUUGACAAAUUGUCACAAAUUAAAAAAAAAUAUUAAAAAAGGCUUUUAAAAUGUAAUUAUCUUAUUCAUUUAAGAAAUUUAAAACAGUUUGCAUGUCAACAAGUCCUACCUGCAAGAAAGAAGUAUUUAUAGAUCUGUCAUAUCUAUUCAUGACGUUUGAAAUUAACGGUCAUUUUCAAAAAAAAAACAAUAUAUUUCCAGGAAUUUCUAUUGUUCUAUUUUUCCUGACUCCGCCCCUUGGACGUUAUAAGUGAAUGUCCCCAAAGAUCUGUGAGGAAUCUGUGCCUUAAGACAGAUAUACAAUUAUUUACUGCUGUAGGUAAUGCCUGUUGACUGUUGAGUAACCUGUGGCAAAUCACAAUUUUGGACUAAAAUUAAAUUCCAUUUGUGUAACAA